GACAUCAUUAGCUCAGAAGAAGCAAUUGACAAUCAACCAAAAUGUUCAAACUGUUCAUAUUCGCCUCCUUCCUGGCUCUAGCUGCCGCCAAACCUCUGGUCUCAGUGGCAUACACGGCACCGCUAGCAGCUGCUUACACCGCUCCAGUGGCAGCUGCAUAUACCGCUCCUGUAGCAGCGGCAUACACCGCACCCGUAGCUUACUCGGCAUAUGCCCCAUAUGCUGCUUACUCAGCUUACCCGUAUGCUGCCCCGUACUCUGCAUACUAUUUGCGCUGAAUAUGAUAUCC